CUCCGAUUCCGCAAAAGGACUUCGGUGAAACAGCUUCCGCGGAACGACGUUACGACCGAUGAGGUCUCUUUCCUCCUUCCUUGUGUCCGUGAACGCGCUGUGACCUCCCCCUCCCCUCUCCCCUCCCCCUACUCCGCCAUUGUCGAACUCUUCGAGAGCUCCUCUCCUCCGGGUUUUGGUCGCUGCCGAUUGCUGUGUGUUCUUGUUCUCUGAGCUUCUGAUUUGAGCUGUUUUUGCUGUGGUUUUGUGGAAUUUGAGCUUGUUGUGAGCAGGUAGUGGAAUCGUGGAGCUGCGCUUUCUCGAAGUGGGUAGAUGGAUCUGGCUUGUGUGUUUAAGCAUUCGAGGUCGGCUGUUCCUGGAGCGGGGACGAGUUCUAGGGUUCCGAAUGAGCGGUUGGGGUUCGGUCGCCAUGUUUUUGGGGAAAUCAAGCUUAAUCGUGGAUCGUGUUCUGCGAGGAGGAGGAAGGGUGGACCUCGUAGUGGACAGAUUAUGUUGAGUUCGACCGUCCAAGGAACUUCUUAUGACUAUUUUAACUCACUGCCGCGGCAUCGGAGUUCGCCAAUCGUCCAUUUCUUGGGUUCUCAGAAAUUGCUGAGGGAUCAGCUGCGUUUGCAUUGCCAGGCCAACGAUUCUUUAGCGCAUGUAGACGGUGACACUCAAAGUGUCGAGGACGCUCAAUUGCCUCCUGAUGAGGAUACGAAAUCCACCGACAACGCAGAGUCAAAUGAUUCACUGGAAGAGGGAAAGGAUACUCACAAAAUAGAGAAUUUGAGGGAAUUGCUUCAAAAGACUCUAAAGGAAUUGGAGGUGUCACAGCUUAACAGCACGAUGUUCGAAGAGAAGGCACAGAGUAUUUCCGAAACUGCAAUUGCCUUGAAAGACGAGGCGGAGAAUGCUUGGAAAGAUGUUACUUCUGCUGUUUCUACUAUCCAGGAAAUCAUCAAUGAAGAGACUGCGGCUAAAGAAGCAGUUCAGAAAGCCACAAUGGCUCUUUCCUUGGCUGAGGCCAGGUUGAAGUUAGCAGCAGAAGCUUUGAAUUCAAAGAAGGAAUUGCAGGACUCUUCUGAAGCCUCUGCACAGAAUGAGGAGGAAGAGGCACUCUUGUCUGCUGAGAUAGAGAUCAAGGACUGUCAGGCCAGCUUGUCAAAUUGUGAAGAUGACUUGAAGCGGAUUCAGACUAAGAAAGCAGAGCUACAGAAGGAAGUGGACAGGUUGAGUGAGAUUGCUGAGAAGGCUCAGCUGAAUGCGUUGAAAGCUGAGGAGGACGUGGCGAGUAUAAUGCUUCUGGCUGAGCAGGCAGUGGCCCUUGAGCUGGAGGCCACUCAGCGCGCGAAUGAUGCACAGCUCGUGUUGCAGAAAGCAGAAAUCACGUUGCAGAAAGAAGAAAAGGCUGUCUCUUCUGUUGAUGUGGUAGAACAGCAAUUGCCAUCUUCCCAAGACCAGAUUAGAAGUGAAGAACCUCAUGCUAUCAAGGAGUCGAGCAAAGAUGUUCAAGAUGAUUCUGCAUUUGAAAGAGAUGAGAUGUUAAAUGGUGACAGCUUGUUUGCGGGUGAUGUUGCUGUCCAGAGUGUUGAAGAGUUUAAAUCGGCUGAUGAUGUGCGUGAUCAAGAGAAUGGCAAGUUAUCUUUGGACCCUCAGAAGGAAUCGGAACCUGAACUAGAGAAGUCGAGGAGCAUGCCACAAGCAAAGAAGAGUGAUGUACAACACAAGGACCUCACUAAAGAUAGUACGCCUCUUAGUGCCCCAAAAGCAUUGCUGAAGAAAUCAUCCCGGUUCUUUUCAGCAUCAUUCUUUUCUUUUGAUGUGGAAGACGAAGAGUUUACGCCUAGAAUGGUUUUCCAUGAGCUCAUUUCUUUUGUCAGAAAGCAAGCACCAAAGCUAGUUGUUGGAAUACUGUUUCUUGGGAUGGGAGCUUUCUUCCUCACUAAUCGGGAAGACAAGAGUGCCCAAUUGCUUAAUCAGCCAGAUAUAGUUACGGGUAUUGAAGAAGUUACAUCAACUGCAAAGCCUGUAAUUCGUGCAAUUCGUACGAUUCCGAAAAGAAUAAGGAAACUCAUCCAACAAUUACCUCAUCAGGAGAUAAAUGAAGAAGAAGCUUCACUUUUUGAUAUGCUGUGGUUGCUGCUAGCCAGUGUUAUAUUUGUACCUAUUUUCCAAAAGAUACCAGGAGGUAGUCCUGUGCUUGGAUAUCUUGCUGCUGGUAUCCUUAUUGGUCCAUAUGGGCUUUCUAUCAUUCGCCAUGUUCACGGAACGAAGGCGAUUGCUGAAUUUGGAGUUGUCUUUUUGCUGUUCAAUAUUGGGCUUGAGCUAUCUGUAGAAAGACUAAGCUCAAUGAAGAAGUAUGUGUUUGGGUUGGGUUCUGCUCAGGUUCUGGUGACUGCAACAGUGGUUGGUUUAGUAGCUCACUUCGUUUCUAAGCAACCAGGCCCUGCAGCAAUUGUUAUUGGUAAUGGUCUGGCUUUGUCGUCAACAGCUGUUGUCUUGCAGGUGCUGCAAGAACGUGGAGAGAGCACAUCUCGCCAUGGACGCGCUACUUUUUCCGUCUUACUCUUUCAGGACUUGGCAGUGGUGGUUUUGCUGAUUCUUAUACCUCUCAUUUCUCCUAAUUCUUCCAAAGGAGGGGUUGGUUUCCAAGCAAUAGCAGAAGCUCUUGGAAUGGCUGCUGUGAAGGCAAUUGUUGCUAUCGCUGCCAUAAUUGCUGGAGGUCGCUUGUUCCUUCGGCCAAUUUAUAAGCAAAUAGCCGAGAACCAGAAUGCAGAGAUAUUUUCUGCAAAUACCCUUCUUGUUAUUCUUGGGACAAGUCUUCUUACAGCUCGGGCUGGACUCUCAAUGGCUUUAGGAGCAUUUUUGGCUGGGCUGCUGUUAGCAGAGACAGAAUUUUCCUUACAGGUUGAGUCGGACAUAGCUCCAUAUCGAGGACUUCUAUUAGGUCUCUUUUUCAUGACGGUUGGAAUGUCUAUCGAUCCAAAGUUGCUGUUUUCGAACUUCCCAGUAAUUUUGGGGACACUUAGUCUCUUGAUUGUUGGAAAGACAAUACUGGUUGCCUUAGUAGGUAGAAUAUUUGGCAUAUCAAGUAUAGCUGCAAUUAGAGUUGGUCUUCUGCUAGCACCAGGGGGAGAAUUCGCUUUUGUAGCUUUUGGGGAAGCUGUGAAUCAGGGUAUUUUGUCACCUCAGCUAUCGUCAUUGUUGUUCCUGGUUGUUGGUAUUUCAAUGGCUCUUACGCCAUGGCUAGCAGCUGGAGGUCAGUUGCUUGCUUCUAGAUUUGAGCAGCACGAUGUCAGGAGUUUGCUUCCAGUUGAAAGUGAGACGGAUGACUUGCAAGACCACAUUAUUAUAUGUGGAUUUGGACGUGUUGGACAGAUCAUCGCCCAACUUCUUUCCGAGAGGUUAAUUCCUUUUGUUGCUCUUGAUGUUAGAAGUGACCGAGUGGCAGCUGGACGUGCACUUGACCUUCCUGUGUAUUUUGGGGAUGCAGGGAGCAGAGAGGUUCUCCAUAAAGUCGGCGCUGAGAGAGCUUGUGCUGCUGCUAUAACUUUAGAUACUCCUGGUGCAAAUUACAGAACUGUUUGGGCAUUGAGCAAAUAUUUUCCAAACGUAAAGACGUUUGUUCGAGCCCAUGAUGUCGACCAUGGUGUUAAUUUGGAGAAGGCUGGUGCCACCGCGGUUGUUCCGGAGACUUUGGAGCCGAGUCUUCAGUUAGCUGCUGCGGUACUUGCACAGGCCAAGUUGCCUAUGUCGGAAAUUGCUGCGACUAUUAAUGAAUUCAGAAGUCGGCAUCUCUCAGAGCUCACUGAGUUGUGCGCGACUAGCGGAAGCUCGCUCGGUUACGGAUAUUCACGGGUUAUGUUUAAGCCAAAGUCACAGUCUUCUUCUUCUUCCGACUCUGACGAGAAUGAUGCUGCAGUUGAAGGAACAUUGGCAAUAUAGAUAAUUUCUCAUAAAAGCCACCUAAAUAGCUUGAUUUUUUUGAAAACUGUACAGCUGAAUUUUUCGUUGCGAAAGCCCAAUACUGUAUAGAGGAAAGUAGGAGAAGCAGCAAGUAGACUUCAUUCAUGGAUAAUACUCAUCAUUCAAAAAAUUCACUGUUGUUGUUUGUAUAAAUCAGCAUCUACUUUAGAUGGCUCGUUUCCCCACCCUGUUUUGUAUCUUGUUUUCGAGUUCAAAACAACCAGAAACUUGAUACUUUUCAAGUUUCCUUAAUUUUCAUGUUGCUGUUAAAACUAAUUUGAGUGGACUCAUGACAAUGUUUGUUGUGGAAUUAUGU